UCGGAGUGUCCUUCGCGGUCUACGAAGGCCGCAUCCUUCGAAGGACGCGGUCUACGAAGGAUGCGUCCUAUGAAUUGGGACACUCGCCAUGCGUCCGCGCCGAUUCAUUCACUCCAUCUGUUCUGCGCCCACCAAGUAGUUCUCCGACGAAAACUUUGUUAAACCCGAAUGAACUAGCAUUUUUUCCAUUCAUUGAUCAAUUUUAUAGCCAUUUUAUAGUCAUGGUUUCGCAUAGGGAUCAGAUCUUGUUCAUCGUAUUUCUACUUCCGUACUUGGUGCAGCCGGCCGAAUAUCAUGCAGUUGGGACCAAUGUGACCCUUCAAACCGGGUAUGGAGGCAACAACCUAAACAGUGUUGACUGGAACCACGGUGAAAACAAUGCUGUGAAGUGGUUCGAGAACAAUUUUAAGGCCUACGGCAACUUUGAAGAUCGCAUAUUUCUGAACCGCACCAACGGAGAUCUGACCCUCAUCGGUGUGAACGACUCAGAGAGUGGGGAAUACACCGUAUCACUCAACGGCAAAGACAGCGUCACUAAGCACUUUAUCAAAGUCAUCUACCACGUGCCCGUCCCCACGGUGACGGUGAACUGUUCGCCCGAAGGUGAACUCAUGAGGUUCUGUCUCUACACCUGCGCCGGCGACACCAGUCAAUCAGAGCCUGUCAGCUACGAGUGGAGCCUCCCCAACGGGACCCUCCUCUCGGCCUCCAACAAGACCAUCAAUGUCACCAUGGAGUCUCUGACCGGCCCUCAUGAUCAGUUGUUAUGUACCAUGAAGAACCCUGUGAACAACGCCACGGCCACCGUCAUGUCCCCCCCCAGAAGCACGGCCCUGGCCACCACCACCACGCCCCACCCCACCAGCACGGCCCCGCCCACCACCAGCACGGCCCCACCCACCAGCAAGGCCCCGCCCACCACCAGCACGGCCCCACCCACCAGCACGGCCCCGCCCACCACCAGCACGGCCCCACCCACCAGCACGGCCCCCCCCAGCACGGCCCCCCCCAGCCCGCCUGCGGAGCGCAACGGUUAUUUUGUUAGCACCGUGAUCUUGGCGGUGAUCUUGGCGGUGAUCUUGGCGGCAAUAAUUGCAGUUAUCUGCGUUCACAAGCACAUGACAGGGGUCUGGAUCUGGAAAAAAGAAAUCUGGGAGAAACGAAAGGAUGAAAGGAAUGGGUCUUCCAAAGCUGGGACGAAUGGAUCUCCGGAACGCCUGCUUAACGAGUACCAGUUGAAGAACUUGGAACUCAACGGGGCCAGGAAGCAUGGGGAUACUAUCUGAACAGGGGUGGAUGGUGUAUAGGGGCGGUUUGGGCGACGCACUACCAACUGGGAGAAAGUUUUUUUUAUUUAUUUUUUUAUCACGGCAAAAGUAGUUUUCAGUGUUCUAGACCUAUUAUCUGUCAUUGUCCAAUCAGAAUCGUCAGAUUCAAGUCGCGUUUCAAAUGGUCCCGCCUCUAUGGGCGAAUUCAUCGACGUGGAAAAUCGCCCAAGCCUUCUCCUUGACUCAAAUGUGAAAACUUAUUUUUUCGGAAAUUGAGCCUUCAAUGAAUUUUCAAUGGGGAUUUGGGACUCGCCCUAACGUGCUUGCGUCAUACGUAACUGAGCAAAGAGCGCGAAGGGAAGGGAUAUCUUCGAUCGAGUCACUGAUUUCAACAUGGCAGCAAAUGUGCGCAAUUCCGUUUCGUCUCUCAAAGGAGUUCCUUUUAGUCGACGAUCCAAUUCAGAAAAAUUGGCAUUAAAACAAUCAGGACCUCCAAACCUUCCUUCCUUUCUACAAAGGAGGGAUCUCCUACACCCGAGGAUUUUCAACAAAUUGGUACGAAAAAAAAAAAGCUGGCUAGCAGGUUUUGAAGAAGCUAACACAGUCCCUCACAACCCCACACUUUAUAUAUUGUCUAUAGUUCUCUCUUUAAACCUAUGGUGGCAUCAUGCCUUCAGUGUGCAUAUUGUAAAUAGUUCUCUGCAAACCUAUGGUGGCAUCAUGCCUUCAGUGUGCAUAUUGUAUAUAGUUCUCUGCAAACCUAGGGUGGCAUCAUGCCUUCAGUGUGUCUUGAACAACCACACAUAAAAGGUUGCACAUAUUAUAUUGAUAUUUUAUCGUAUUUGUCUAAAUGCACACUUAACUGUAGACGGAUUUAUGAGUGAAGUUACCAACACAAUAGAUUGUCCGUAACACACUAUUCACAAUUAUUAUUGAUGUAUUUCCACUUUUAAUCUUGCUGAAUUCUACAAGGCAAAUAAAUUAAGUAAAAACGUAUUUCCCCGGCCCCAUUCGUCUUCAUAAGGAAAUGUUCUAUUCUGUCUUUAUUAUUUUGUCAGAAUGCACCAGAAUGCUUCGUUUUUAUAUAAAAAACACAAAAAAAUCUUCGGGGGAGGAGGGCCCCCAGACCCCCCUACAGGGGUUUGGUUUACAAACUUUCUGCCCCCCUUAUGAUAAAAUUCACCAGCCGCCACUGUGUCUGAACAACCACAAGGAUCAACUACUAUCCACUGCAUUAAGGCUAUUGCAGUAGUGCACUUUAUAAGAACACACGCACACAAAAACCAAACCAUUUACACUUGAUUCGGUUGCCAAAUUGAAUAAUGCACAAUUCAAUUUUUUGGGGGAAAAGUUUGAAAACUAGAAGUAGGAAUCGGUUUACAAAUGGUAUGUGUCAGUCAAAAUCUAUAUUUAGAUAUUUUAAAUCUACGAUGCCAGUAUUUCCCACCAGCUAACCCUUUUUUUAACAAAUUGUGUAUUUGAAUUUGUACUUUACAUGAAGUUAACUCUUGUUACCCGUUACUUGUUACAGUUUUGUAUUUUUUAUAUUUGUCCAUUUUUGCUUUUGCUUUCUGCUAAAUCUUUAAGACAUUGCACUUUCUACAAUGUAUAUAUUUUACUUUGCCCUUUAUUUUACCUCUCCAUUUUAUUUCCUCAUUUUAUUGUAUGCUUUCUUUAGCUUUCUGCUAAAUCUUAAAUAAUAAAAAAAUAAAUGGAUUAAUUUA